GCCAGUGAGCUGAUGGUGCUGGGGAAGAAGGAGGUGACACCGCGCACCUAGCCUACUUCCUCAAUUUAUCCAGGAGUAGCAGACUCUCUAGCUCCACACACUUAUGGGAAGUCUACCAAAGUAGUGCCUGAAACAGGUGGAUUCUCCCUCGCACAGCUACACACAACAUAUUGUUUUGUUUUGUUCUGAGAAGGACCGGAAUCACCACAAAAUGAAUUCGCUCUCAGCUUGGUUUUGGAGUGAGAGUUUCUGGCUUCCACCGAAUGUUACUUGGGCGGAACUCGAGCACCCACCACCAGGAGAGGAGUACCCCAGAGCUGACCAGCUACUCUCAUGCUUACCGCUUGCUUUUGGCGUGUUGGCUGUCAGGGUGUUAUUUGAGAGUAGAAUUGGAUGCUGGCUGUCUGCUUAUCCAAAUAGGCUAGUAGCCAAGCCCUGUGCCAACAUACUUCAGAUUCAGGCUGGAGAGAGCCGACGGGCCCAGCCCAACGCUGUCCUGGAGAGGGUGUUUACAUCCACAACGAGUCCAGAAUCACGGCGGGUCGAGGGGCUCUCUAAGCAGCUGGACUGGGAUGUACGGAAAGUCCAGAGAUGGUUCCGACUCCGGAGGAAUCAGGACAAGCCCAGUACACUCACAAAGUUCUGCGAGAGCAUGUGGAGGUUGACAUUUUAUACCGGUAUAUUUACCUAUGCAAUUCGCUAUCUGUGGGUGUCUCCUUGGAUGUGGGACACACGGCAAUGCUGGUACAACUACCCAUUUCAGACGCUGAGUCCUGGCCAGUACAACUACUAUGUAGCCGAGCUGGCCUUCUACUGGUCCCUCAUGUUCUCCCAGUUUACAGACAUCAAAAGGAAGGAUUUCCUCAUCAUGUUUGUCCAUCACCUGGCCACCAUAACUCUCAUCACCUUCUCCUACUGUAACAACAUGCUGCGAAUAGGCACUAUGGUCAUGUGUGUCCAUGACGCCUCCGACAUCGUGCUGGAGUUGGCCAAGUUGGCCAAUUAUGCAAAGUACCAGCGGAUUUGUGACACCGGCUUUGUAGUAUUCAGCAUCGUCUUCUUCAUCACGCGACUUGUCAUCUAUCCCUUUUGGAUCAUAUACAGUGUGCUGGUGGAGAGCUGGGAGAUUGUCGGUCCGUACAGGUCCUGGUGGCUGUUGAACGGCCUGCUUCUGGUCCUGCAGUCUCUUCAUGUCUUCUGGUUCUACCUCAUCGCUAGAAUCGCCAUCAAAGCCAUAUUUAAGGGCAAGGUGGCGAAGGAUGACCGCAGUGACAUCGAGAGCAGCUCAGAAGAGGAGACGGACACCAAUGUCAAGAGCAGGAACAAGUCACAUCCCAACGGUAGCGAGCAAUCACCAAAAAAAGAGAACGGGACCAAUGGCUUCGCCAAAGGUGGAACAAAAGACCACUGAACACAGGGAGAG